CUUGCCACAACCACAGUGAGGCCCUGUACAGAAAAAACCAGCUCCACUAUAUGUCAUUAGGAGUUCAGCAGGUCCUCGGCGACGCAAACAUACAAGAAGAGGGCCUGCCUGGUGACUUCAGCACACAAGACAUGAUGUGUGACGGAGAGGGGGAAGACGCAAAGGACCGCUGGAAUCCCGAGCUGCCGAUCAUGCAAUUCCCAGAUGAGAUCAUUCUCCCCAUCUUCUUCUAUUUCAGCGAAGCCGCAGAACCUGCACAUUCUUGCGAAAAUACACCGUUCAGAGAUUGGGCGGGAAAUCUCAGAUGGACGCAGCUCAUGCUCGUUUGCCGUCGUUGGUGUAACAUAGCGUGUACGACACCGACCCUCUGGCGAACCAUCGACAUGAGGGACAAAAUUUCGAAAUGGAGUGAGCUCGCCCUCAUACGUUCCUUACCUGCCACCAUCGACAUAUCCUUUCCAUCUGGUCCGAUAACCGAAGAUCAUCUGAGUAUCCUGGAACCCCACUGGCACCGUCUUCGAAGCCUCUGUUUGCGGCACUGGACGUCCUGCGCCCUUAGUAUCUUCCGAUCCGACUUGCCCUCAAUGGAGUACCUCCAGAUCUCUGGUUUUAGCAGGGACUCUCUGGGUCCUGAGAAGGGCGAAAUUCCCGACCUUGUCAUCAAAUCUACCAACUUCCCCAACCUCGUCGUUCUAUCUAUCACCCGCGUCGUCGCACCAACGGACCCUUCGGUUUACAGCCGACUCCGGAAACUCGCGCUGGACCGAUGCCCUUGCAAUCUUUCACUUGCAAUGUUCAUACAACUAUUGGCCGAUGGCCCCCGCCUCGAAUUGCUUGACCUCCGCCACUUCCUCCACCAUCUUUCUCACGACGGAGCCGACGUGAAGCCCCGUGAACCACCGAAACUCCUACCGUCUCUCGAUGUCCUGAACUUAGAGGACCACCCGCCCUCGUCCUCGUCGCUCUUCCUCUCGCGUGUCGCUCUUCCACCACAGGCGUCGGUCCGCAUCAACAGCAUCAUAGGACAAGGCCAGGACGAAACGACUAUCAGUCUCACCACCCUCAUGCCUCCCGAUCGCACCGACUCGCUGCCCCUCCUAUCCACUCUUACUCACGCGAUGGUGAAUGUGGGAUUCGAAGGUUACUCAAUCACCGAUCGCCCGCUAGAGCGUAGUCUGGCUAAAGUGCACCUGGAGCUCGUGGCGCCUAUCAUGGCCCCUUGGGGCGGGCGCAUGGAGCACGGCCUGAACGACCUCAUCUCGGUCUUUGCCCCUGCCGCAGCAACGUUGACGCACCUUCAGAUUGGGGGGCGUUGCGAUACUCGUAGAACGGAAACAUGGGUGGCAGUCUUUCGCACCUUCCCUGCUCCGACCUACCUCGAGGCUGGGACCGACGAGGUCGUCUUUGCCGGCGGGUCUCGCGGACUGGGAGGUCGUAUGUCCUAGACUGGAGCGCAUAUGGGCUGAUGGCGAGUGGGAGACGUUGGUGGCCAUGAAAGAGGCGUACGAUCGUGUUGUGGACUGUCUCCGCAUUCGCGCGCCGGAGAGGGGCGCUCGGCUGAAGACGUUGCACUUGGAAUGCUACGACAGGAGUGGGGAGGCGAAGGCUAAAUUCCAAGAGAAGUGUGAGCCGGUGCUGCGGGUUCUCGUCCCGGAAGUAGUUUUCGUGAUGACAGUGUUGUGAGCGAUUUGGAAAGAUGAACAUGUUUGCAAACGUUGUAUGUAUUGUAUUAUUUU